UACACAACACAAAGAGCGAGAGCGAGCAAUGGCAACCUCAACAAUCGGUUUCACGAUAUACCUAACCCUAGUUUCUACAAUUGUCAUCGCCUUCACAAUUACUGUAGUAUCCGCACAAUGCGAAGGAGACCUCCAAGGUCUUAUUGAACAAUGUGCGAGAUAUGUUCAAAAGUCGGGGCCCCAAGAAACCCCGUCUCAAAAAUGUUGUAAUGUUGUAAAAACUGUCAAUGUUCCAUGUAUGUGCGAGAUCAUCCCUCCUGAGGUCGAAAGAAUAGUCAGCAUGGAGAAAGCGGUGUUUGUUGUAGCAUCUUGUGGCAAACCAUUACCACAUGGAACCAAAUGUGGGGAUUAUACCGUUCCAUGAAGCUAGAAAUCGUUGUGGAAUAAUGCGUCGAUGCUCAAAAUUAGUCGAUGUUUAAUAUCGAAAAUAAGAGUAUUAAUUUGCAGAUUAUGAAUUUCUGUAUCAUGAUGUACGUAUGGUUUUCUAAUGAAGAAGGGUGAUUGUAUUUUACAAAUA